CAGGAGCAACCAGUGAGCGGCAGCAAUAUGCAAUGCGAUGUCUAGUCUGCCAAAAACGUGCACAAAGAAGUAGAGGAACAAAACGUAUACAACAAAUAUGGCGUCCAUCAGUGAGGCACCGCAGGAGGAUUCACACGUGGAGAAAAAGCUCGCAAGUCGUUACUGGCAGGGGUCUGACAAUAAAGUGAAGGAUGACAAUGAAACGGAGAAGAAUGGAGAAAGUGAACGGCAGAAACAAGCACAGAAGCCAAAGAAACGAAAACACACGAAGGACACACGACGAGACUCCAGCCAAGGGAAGAAAUUUGUCUCAGGGAAAAUAGACCCCUUUCCUGGGCCUGCUCCCAUUCCGAAAGACAGACUUCAGAAGUUUACGAGAAAAGAAAAAACGACAAAGUCACGACACAAGCACCACAAGCUGAAGCAAAUAAUUUCUCAGUCAGAAGUUGCUUCUAAAAUGGCUCAAAAUCAAGCUGCACGUUUUGAUCUUCUUCUCCCAGAGGAUGAAGGGUUUCUUGAAGGAGAUGAAGGAGAGGACACUUGUACAAUUUCUCAGGAAGAUAUAGCCAAUGCUGUAGAUAUAUCUUCUAGUGCAAAGUAUUUCAAUUUAAAACUAUCACAGUUUGGGCCAUACCGGUUGGACUACAGCAAAACAGGGCGACACCUGCUGCUUGGCGGGAGGAGAGGCCAUAUUGCCUGUUUGGACUGGCAGUCUAAACAGUUGAUGUGUGAAAUAAAUGUGCUGGAGUCUGUUAAUGAUGUGAAGUGGCUUCAUACUGAGUCCAUGUAUGCAGUGGCACAAAAAAAAUGGCUGUAUAUUUAUGACUCUAAUGGGAUAGAGCUUCACUGUAUACGGAAAUUCAACGACGUUCUUCGCAUGCAGUUUCUUCCCUACCACUUUUUGCUAGCCACAGCGAGUGCCACAAGUUUUUUGCAAUACCUUGAUGUCUCAGUUGGGAAGGAGGUUGCUGCAAUCUGUACCAAAACUGGGCGCCUUGAUGUAAUGUGUCAGAAUCCUUACAAUGCCAUCAUUCACCUUGGACAUCCAAAUGGGACAGUCACACUUUGGUCCCCAAACCAGAAAGAAGCUCUGGUAAAAAUGCUUUGUCACCAGGGAGGAGUACGCUCCGUCAGUGUAGACAAGACGGGCACAUACAUGGUGACUUCAGGCAUGGAUAAAAAGCUUAAAGUUUAUGACAUAAGAGCAUUCAAACCCCUAAAAUCAUACUUUCUUCCUGCUGGAGCAUCCUGUCUUUCUUUGAGUCAAAGGGGACUGUUGUCAGCAGCAACAGGUGAUAUAGUUCAGGUGUACAGAGAUGUGUGGAGCACUCCUGUUACUAAGCCCUACAUGGCACACAGAGUGAGAGGGGCAGUGUGGGGGCUACACUUCUGUCCUUUUGAGGAUGUCUUAGGUGUGGGGCAUGGAGAUGGUUUUACAAGCAUGCUCGUACCUGGAGCUGGUGAACCCAAUUUUGAUGGUCUGGAUGCUAAUCCCUACCGCAGUGCAAAACAGAGACAAGAAUGGGAGGUUAAAGCUCUUCUGGAGAAAAUCCAACCUGAACUAAUUACUCUCGACCCAAACAAGCUUGGAGAGGUUGACAGAGCAACAUUUGAGCAAAGACACCAAGACAGGAUUGAAGCCCUAGGCUUUGAUCCUCUUGAAAAACAGAAAUUUAUUCCCAAGUUUAAGAAAAAGGGUCGUAGCUCCGCAGGAGCUGUUGAAAGACGAAAGAAGCAAGUGGCUCAUGAGGACCAAAGAGAACUAAUCAAGAAAACAAUUGAGGACAAAAUGAGGACUGAAAAAGAACAAAAGCAGAAUAAUAUCAAGGCAUCUGUUGUAUGUAGAAAGAAAUCUGCUCUAGAUAGGUUCAUAAAAUAGAAAAGAGGGUUCAUUGUACUGUCCAGCAUCAGAUUAUGGGAGUGACUUGAACUUCCUGCAACAUGUGUUUGUGUGAACAAACACAUGUCAUAUAGUUUAUCAGCGUUGUGUUGUGAAUAAAUUGCCAGGACAUGG